GAAAUGUCAGGAAUUGUGUCAAAUUGAGUUUAAAUGUAUUUGGCUAAAGUGUAUGUAAACUUCCGACUUCAACUGUAUACUAGUACUACAAUCUACUGCUGUAGAAGUAGUAGGCCUACUGUAAUUCUUCUACAAUCUGCUAUACUGUACAUUGAAAUGUGAUGAGUGGAGGAUAUUUAGUCUGAAGCAUAUUUUUAUCCUAUGAUCAUUAGGACCGACCCAUCAGCCAUUCAGUAUCCUACUAUCCCUGGAAUCCAAGUUUCCUCCCUGGUCAAUGGAAUAUUUACGUUUUAACACAUGGGAUUAUUGCUGUUUCCUGUUGUAAAAUUAGCAAUGAGUUAUCACCUGUACUUGUUUAACAAGUUAUCACAAUGAUGACUGAACUGUUAAUUCAUCAAUUUACGCAGCAUUCCUUGGCCCAGUUCCAAUGUUAUCAACUCGGAUCCAUUUUCUUUCAGUGCUUGUGAGUUCCUUGUUGGGCCUGAAAUGUUUGUUAGUUGAAUUGUUUCUCUGUAAAUAACUGACAAAUUGCAUCACCCUCAAGAUAAACAUUUACUGUAAACUCCAUAUGAUUUUGUCUUGUACUCACACAUUUCUAAAUUCUUACAGGUGGAAAAUCUGUACCAUUACUUGGGUGGCAAUUGGCAUUGAAUUCCCUUUGAGCUUUUGUUUCCUGUGAGAAAACCUCAAUCUGCAUGGUGCUGUCUCUCUACUGGCGGGCCAGCCUUUCUUCUUGAAUGGGUGCCAGCCAAUGAGCUUCCUCCUGAGCAGGCGUCACUCCCUUUUCACCGGCUGCUGCAGUCAAUCAGCUUAUUCAGCACAGAGAGGAUAUGUGCUGUGUGUGCUCAGGCCUUUCCACACUGCUAAAAGCCUACAACCUCCCUAUCUGCCUCCCACUUUACCCCAACAAACAUCCCAUGCCGCUGACCCUCCCAUCCCCCAUUCCCCCACAAGCCUCCACUCACACCCAUGCCACAGCUCUGUUAGUGAGUGAGUCAGUGGAGAAAGUUACAGCAGUCUCUAUGUUGGUGUGUUUGCCAGGCACUCGACAGCAACAACCGCAGCACAAUCCUUUGGCCCGCCAGCCCCGCUGAGUCUGAUCCCAGGCCUCUUCUCAAGACAGCCUCGGCAUGGAAAGCCCAGUGAGGGCUGAGCCAGCUACCCCAACCCUGGCUCCCCCAGCUCCCCGAAACCAUACUCCUUCUCUAAGUCCCAGAGCUGAGGCCAAAGAGAAGAGGUCGGAGGUGAGCGAGGGAACAGCGGAUGAGUGUGAGGCAGUGGACACAGAGGAGGACCCUAUAUGUCUCUCGCUGUUAUCAAAGAUGACUGUGUUUGUGGAGGCGCCAGCAGAGGAUGCAUCAGAGAAGGCUGCGGCUGAGGAGGCUGCAGCCAAGGAGAGGGCUGAGCGAGAGGCUCAGAGGCAGCUCCUGGCCACAGAGGAGCUGAUCUACACAGAGAGGAACUACCUGAGACUCCUCCAGGUCUGCACCUGCACCAUCAGGAGCAACCUGCAGAAACUACAGCCUCAGCUGCCUAACCUGGACAGCAUGUUCCUGUACAUAGAGGAGGUGAUUGAUGUGUCGGGACGCCUCCUCAGCCUCCUGGACCAGAAGCAGGUCACGCCCCAUGAUCCUCUCUUCCUGGAGACCCUGUGUGACGCCUUCCUCAGUCUAUCAACAGACAUCGAGUCGGCUUACAAGGAGUACCUGUCCAACUACAACACCGUCACAGCAUUAGAGAACAGCUACAAACAGAAAGAACCCCUGUGGACUGAGAUGGUGAAAGUCAUCAAGUCCUCAGCGCCAGAGGUGAAUGCUACCUCUCUGAGCUUCUUCCUGGUGAUGCCAGUCCAAAGGAUCGCUCGCUACCCUCUUCUCCUCCAGACCAUCAUGAAACAUACAGACCCUGGGCACCCGGCCUACUCUCUCCUGGAGCAGACUGCCCACGCCGCCGUAGCCGUCAACUGCAGGAUCAAUGAGUACAAACGCUUCCGAGAAGUUGCCGACAAAUACAAGAAGACGGAAACCUUGACGAUAAGGGAUAAGAUAAAUCGUCUGAAUAGCCACAGCAUCGCAAAGAAGACUGCCAGACUGAGUCAGUUCAUCAAGCAUGAGACGGGGAUUGCACCAAAGUUGGUUGAUGAGGAGUUUGAUGCCUUGGAGGGCUUUUUCUAUCUCCUUGAAAAUGGCAUCGCCGUGCUACAUGAAAAUGUGGAGACGUAUCUCAGCCAUCUGCAGAGAUUCCUUAGCUGUCGACCGGAGGAGUUUGACCUUGACAUGGACGGCGAGAAGCCUGCUAUAUGCUACAAGGAAAUCACAGCAGCAUUGAGACAAUGGAUACUUCCUACAUUUGAGAAGAGGAUGAGGACCUUGGUCCACAAGCCGCUCUGUGCCCUUCGAGAACUGCUGGUGGGGCCUCGUAACCUGAUCCGUAAGCGCCUGGACAAGCUGCUUGACUACGAGCUGAUCGAAGAGAAGCCCAGUCUGAGCUACGAUGAGCAGGCGGUGGCAAACACCUAUAAGACCAUCAACACGUUGCUCCUCAACGAGCUGCCCCAGUUCAAUGGCCUGGCCCUCACCCUGCUCUGGGGCAUGCUUGGGGCCUUCAGCUGCCUGCACAAGGACCUGGCUGCAGACAUGGAGCAGCUCUUCCAGGGCUUUGCCCAACAGCUCCCUCACAGUUCCCUGGAGCCUAAUGCAUUCUGGGAGUGGGCAGAGUGUUCGGUGCUGGAGGGUGCGAGGAUGCUGGAGACUCUGUGUCGGAAUGUGGAGGACCAACUCAAUGCUCCCAUUGUCCAGCCUCUCAGCCCUGGGUCUCAGAAGUGUCUGAAGGUCCUGACAGACAAGCAUGGCUCAGCCAAGAUCUACCAGCUGACGGGUCAUGUGGUGGGGACUAGAGACCUGGACCUGAGCCUGAACAGAGGAGAGCUGGUGGCCAUCAUCAGUGAGAUGGACACACGGGGGGACAGACGCCGCUGGCUGGUCGACGCAGGGGGUCCAAGAGGAUACGUCCCCUCCUCCAAACUGGUGCGUUACCACCAGGUAACCAUGGACCCUCCCCCGUCCCCUCAUCUGACAGUCACUACCAUGGAUUGUGCUGGAGGUGUCAGGCGACACUCCUACACCCCUGACGUCAGGCGACACUCCUUCUCCCCUGAUAUACCCCAGCCCGUGAGGACUCUGUCGAUGACCAUGCCCUGCUUCCAGGUGUUUGCAGGCUAUGACUUCACGGCGAGGAGCAGUCACGAGGUCUCUCUGAGGGUGGGGGAACCAAUCAGAGUGCUGGAACCCCACGACAAGAGGGGUAGCCGCGACUGGAGCCUGGUGGAGGUGCGGGAACAGAGGGGGUAUGUUCCCUCCAACUACCUGGCAGUGGUGCCUACAUCUACGUCGCCCACCACCCCCUACCACUAGGGUUGCCCCGGGCAACCAGCCAGUCCGUGCUAGACGCCACUCAACUAUCGCUGCCCACGCACCUCUGCUCAGCAGGAGAAGCACUCUCACUGCCUACAUCUACAGGAGGGCGAGAAAGAGAUGUGUGUGUGUGUGUGUGUGUGAUGGAUUAGAUGACAGGUGUGUGUGUGAAGUGGUGCACCAGGCAUUUGCAUGUAGAGUGCUCCAAGCCCUCGACUGCAGCACUUAUUAGAAGCAUGUAAGUGGGAGGCUGCUUCCAUCACCAGGAACCAGGGGUGAGAUGCUGCUUUCUCCUACGGAAAAUGACUGACUGGCAGGCAGGUAGCAAUGCCUCAGCACAGCAUGAGGAUGAAGGAGAGCAGGCAGUCUGUGGCAAGGGAAUUGGUUCUUGUGAAUAUUUUACCUACCUGACAAAGCUUCUCCACUGAGCGGAUCUCUCGCUCAACUGGCGCUGGCAGUUAAACUGAUGGACAUAUGUACACGCCCCUGACUCCGUUUAUGUGAUGUACAGCUUGCACCGUCAACACUGAAUCCGCCACUGACAUUGACAGCAAUGCAAUUUAUGCUCAGGCAAAAUAGUUGUAUGAUUUCUAAGAAGAAAUGAGGUCGGCAUACUGAAACAUUAAUGCCAGAUUGAUCAAAUAAGAAAAGGGGGAGAGUGGAUCAGAGAAGUCCUGUUCAAAUGGAUGAAGCGUAGCUAGUUUGAUUCCAGAUAUCAAACGGCAGGAAACAUCUGUUAUUAAAGCAAUUGUAUCAUUCGGGUUGUUAUGGCUUUAAUGGCAUAGUACUUGUCGUGCUAGCGGCGCCUUCUCAUUGGUCCAAAUGUCAGAGCAGAGUGAGAAGGCAAGACGUUACCUGCUGCUGCUGCUGCUGCUGUAUCUGGGCUGUCUGGUCUAGACGGAGGCAGAACUCUGUGUCUUCUCUGAGUUGGCCACAAGGGGGCAUACCUCACCAACUCUCACCUUACAGAUGGCUUUUGUAGGCUUUAGCUUCAUUAUCUUUAUUAUUACCUCAGUCAGUAUUGAUGUUAAGCUUCUGGUGGAUGUUGCACAAUCUAAACAUGUUCAUAUCUUAACAGUGUUGUCGUGUAUAAUUAAUUUGACUGUCACGAUCUGCUUCAUAAUAUUAUCUAAUGAGAAUGUGUUUGCUCAGUAAGUCUACUGUCAGGGAUAAUCCUAUGCCGUGUUUAAAAAAUAAAAAAUAUUUUUCUAUUUAUUUACCCCUAGCAGGCAGAGCCGCACAUCAGGCUUUCAUGUGUUCUGAUGAAAUGAGCUAUGGAAGAUGAAAUGACUCAGUAUAGCCAAAAACAGUUUGAAAGGGAGCACAGCUCUGCUCUGUUGGUGCAGCAGUGUCAUUGUUAUGCUGAUUGCUGCAGAAUAGUCUGUGUGGCCUGGAUAAUACAGAAUUCAAGCUGGGUAUACAGCUUUUCAGAUAUUCACCUCCAUUUUACCAUGUUGGCUCAGGACAGGAUUUGUAUGCGGCUCUAAGAUGGUGCAGUUUCUGAAUUUUAGAUGCAUUUUAAGGAAAAGCCACAGACGGUGACCCAUUUUUUUUAGAAAGCUAUUAUAACAUAGCUUUCACUAAGAGAGCACCAGAAUGGAGGGUAAUCAAGUGUAAACGGACGUAAGGGCUUUUAGGGUUGCACUUAACCAAACAAUGCUACUGUGUGGCGCGUGCUGUCCUCCAUAUGACAUCUAAACGUGUGUGUGUGUGGCGUAUUCCGCAUUUGUGGUUGUCACCUUGAUGCUAAGGACGGGUUGUCAAAAGGGAUUUGAUGCAGUGACUCCCUGCAGCUACCGCUAUCCCUAGCAUGACAGAACCCUACGCAGCUCUAAAAAUACACUUUCUCUCAUUCAAUGGUUCUAUAAAUAGAGUACUGUCAUUAUAGGAUCCCCUGUUGGACCCUUGGCCUCCCCCUGCUGGCUACUGUGGAAACAAGUUUUUUUCCCUUCCUUCCUUCCUUCCUCUGGGUGGUAAAUCCCAUAACAGCGACUGUUAUACUACCUCCCUGCAUGGCUCCAGGGCCGCUCUUGGCUUAAAAUCCAUAGGGGAGUAUACAGACAACAAUUAGGUUGGUUGUUGUCUUUGAAAAUUGGGCUCCUGACUAGGAGGGUAAUCCAGUGCUUUGCAGGCAGGGCAGGGCUGAGACGAGGCGUCCAUGUUUUUGUCAGCCUCCAGUCAGAGUGUGGAUCAGCUGCUCCACUGUAACACUGUCUGCUUAUCUGGCUGCAGCCUCAGAUUUACGUGCUGGGCUGAAAUUAUUGUCAAUUUUUAGGGGGUCACUGUGGCAGUCAAGGGAAAGAGCAUCUGCAUCUGGGUGCCGGGGGGGUAUUUUUUUUCCCCGAGAGUCUCUCCCUCCGCCACCUCCCCUGACUUGUGAGGAAGUGUUGAAGCGCUGUGUGUAACGGGGGCUGAUCCGUCAAAGCCGCACUGGGCUUGGCCACAGAAAUAGCAGCAGUGGGCUUGUCCUGGUUGUUUUAAGCCAGGGCUGUAUUUGGUAACCGUCUGGCACCGCCCCUGAUGCCUUAGCUUGGCUUCUUUUAGGCCCUGUCUCUGGCAAAACCAAUUUAGUUUUAACAAUGGUUCAUCCCCUCUGCUGCUGGACUAGAAUGGGACAUUUUCCCUUGGCGUGUAGCUAAUGACUGGGGGUUUAGAAGAUAGUGGUGAGACUGAGGCGUUGACGGUGCAGGGUACGGCAAGGCAGGGAGGCAUGUGACACUCUGCAGCCAUGCAGCAAAAUUCUCCUGAAGCUCCCCUUGGGGAGCUGAGGAUGGAGCCACUGACAUGGCCCAAUCUCCAUGUGUGUCAGUGAGAGCGUGUGAGUGAGCCACGGCAGUCAAGCUUAACAGAUCUCCUUGUCGUCAGGAGGAUUGACUUGGCUGUUCCUAAUUCCAGGACAUCGGCUGUUUUUCUGCUUUCUCCUUCAUGCUUCCAGCCCUUCUUUGAAUAAGACAUACAGAGAGACAGAAGACCGAUAUACAGUGCAUUCGGAAAGUAUUCAGAACCCUUAACUUUGUUCCACAUUUUAUUACGUUACAGCCUUAUUCUAAAAUGGAUAGCAUUUUUGUGUGUAGAUUGAGGACGGGGGGGAAACAAAAUAAAUAAUUUUAGAAUAAGGCUGUAAUGUAACAAAAUGUGGAACAAGUCAAGGAGUCUGAAUACUUUACAUAUGACAUAAGAGAUACAAUUCAUGUUUCCCUUCAACUAGAUAUCAUUCCAUUCAUAAUUCUCCCACCACACUGACUUGAAACUGAAUUGUAUAUACCCUUUCUAUUUGAAGGAAGUUGUGUGGCCUGCAAUAGACUUAGCGUCCUGUCCAGGGAGUGCAUUUGUACCUCAAGCUGCCUCAUGCUCCAGAAACAGGAGACAGAACGGCCAAUAGGACAGGAGCCUGUCUCGAACAGGGCUAUUUACUUAUGUGGCCUUCAUAAAGGAGUUGCUUUGAUGUUCUGUAACUGGAUACUUGAAACAUUAUUUGUAACCAAAGAGUAUUCUAGGAUUGUUUACAUGUUGAUCUCAUCUGUGCUGUGUCGGGCAGUGCCCUUUCCCUUGGUGUAAAUCACAUUGGCCCCUUAGUACAAAAUAGACUGGACGGUCCUUUUGGGUCCUGGGGCCCAUUCAGACUGAGGGAGGAGCAUGGGUGGGGGUAAGGGGUGAUUGGGGUAGAGCGAGAGGCUGCGUUGGGGCCUCUGUGAGGAUUCUAACUGGAGGGGGACUGCGUUGAUCAUAGACUGUUCUAACCCAUCAGACUGUUCUAACCCCCCCUCCCUUCUUACUGCGUUGAUCAUAGACUGUUCUAACCCAUCAUAGACUGUUCUAACCCAUCAUAGACUGUUGUAACCCCCUCCCUUCUUACUUUUCCUGAAAUGAUGACGUUGCUUCGUCUUUUUCUCUCGUUCACUAUGCUCGAAAUGUGGCAUCGAGACGCUCCGUUUUUUUCUUUUGUUUCUGUUUGAACCCUUUGACGUACAGCCAUGGGCUGGCUACUGGCUCGUAUGGUGGGGCUGGCUACUGGCUCGUAUGGUGGGGCUGGCUACUGGCUCGUAUGGUGGGGCUGGCUACUGGCUCGUAUGGUGGGGCUGGCUACUGGCUCGUAUGGUGGGGCUGGCUACUGGCUCGUAUGGUGGGGCUGGCUACUGGCUCGUAUGGUGGGGCUGGCUACUGGCUCGUAUGGUGGGGCUGGCUACUGGCUCGUAUGGUGGGGUUGGCUACUGGCUCGUAUGGUGGGGCUGGCUACUGGCUCGUAUGGUGGGGCUGGCUACUGGCUCGUAUGGUGGGGCUGGCUACUGGCUCGUAUGGUGGGGCUGGCUACUGGCUCGUAUGGUGGGGCUGGAUACUGGCUCGUAUGGUGGGGCUGGCUACUGGCUCGUAUGGUGGGGCUGGCUACUGGCUCGUAUGGUGGGGCUGGCUACUGGCUCGUAUGGUGGGGCUGGCUACUGGCUCGUAUGGUGGGGCUGGCUACUGGCUCGCAUGGUGGGGCUGGCUACUGGCUCGCAUGGUGGGGCUGGCUACUGGCUCGCUGGCUACUGGCUCGCAUGGUGGGGCUGGCUACUGGCUCGCAUGGUGGGCGGGCGGCCGCUCAAGGUCAGUUUUGUUUUUCAGCAGAGAGGACCAGGCACCACCUCUCCCAGCCCAAUUAUGUGACGACCCUGACUGUGUUUUGAAACGGGCAACCGUGCGGUCCAUACGUAAGCCCCGCCCUCUCUCUUGUAAACAGUGCUUGCCUCGAAUGUCAGGGAUGUCAACCGCCAUCACGAGGGCGCAGGACUUGAGAGCUUGCUAUAGUUGUAGUGGGCGUGAAACGCAGAGCCAUGCCGAGGGGGAAGGACGGAGGGAAGGGGGUGUUUAUGUUCGACGUGAAAGAGGAGCUAGAUCCCCACCAUCCGACUAUGUGCCAUACCCCUUCUGGCAACCCGAUAAGGCACUUUAUAACACUUACAUGACACUUAGCUUAUAGGGUGUCACAUAUUAUAACACGUGAAGUGCACAUUUCUUUCAGCUGGACUGAAUUUCUAAGUUUAGCCGCUGCUGUGUCAAGCUAUUUAAUUUUUUAUUUCAAAUUUUUUUUGAAUAGAUGUGGUACUAAUAUUUUCAUCUCGCUCUUUAAACUGUCAUCUCAUGUUCUCUUGGUGCUGUGUUGUACAGUAUGGACUGCAGCUUCCGCCAAAUGGAGUGCUAUGUUGCUAGUGUAGGAACUAUCUGUUUAGUUUUGCAGUUGUACAUGUGUUGUACAUAUUUUGCAAAUAUGUUUAACAUUAAACAUUAUAUUAAACACCCCAA